AAGGAUUUUUUAGCCUUAGCUUGAAACCGUCCCCUUUUCUCUGCUCUAAUCUCCCUUGGCGCGAACCGAGUCCACAAGUCGCGACCAUUUCGAGCACAUCAGUGCUUUUUUAGAGAGUCGGCCGUAGCUCAACAUUCUAUUAAGGACUGCAUUUGCUGCAUAUUAAUAGACGCAGAUCGCGCUCUGCGAGCAGAUCCUUCCGCCGUAUGAUGGCUGGCAGCACACAACAGCAGAAGGAGUUGACCGCCAAGGUGCAGGAAUUGCAAGUGGCCUGUGCUGAGCUCUCCUCUCUGCCCUCUGGCCGGACUGCAUAUCAGAAGCGUGGAGCAAUUUUCUUCCUCACAGACACCAGUACACUCAAGGAGAAGAAGCAAGAGGAGCUCACAAGACUGUCAGCAACGCAUGCCAAAUAAGCACGAGCCAGCAAACAGGGGGAAAAGUUACGUUCAUAUACCGGAUUUGUAUCAUGCCAUAUUCGCCUCGUGGAAUUCAGGUGCUCAUACUCAUUUUUAUUACAUUUGGCUUCACAAAAGCAUUUGUUGUGUACAGUAAU